AACUCAAAGGGAAGCUCAAGAGUCAAACUGUACGUAAAUAGAAAGCGAAGAAAAUUAACUCUAAGCGGCACACUGAGGCGGUCACGGUACGAACAGGUCGGCGCGGCUGGAGGGCUGGAUGCGGUCGUCAUGGUGAAGGAUGUUUCGGAAAGUCAAAAAGCGCCACAGCAGCAGCAGCUCACAAAGCAGUGAGAUCAGCACCAAAAGCAAGUCUGUUGACUCCAGUUUGGGAGGACUUUCCAGAUCGAGCACGGUCGCCAGCCUCGAUACAGAUUCCACCAAGAGCUCAGGGAACAGCACGUCUGACACGUGUGCUGAGUUCCGGGUCAAGUAUGUGGGAUCCAUUGAGAAAUUACAGUUUGACAUGAGCAAGACCCUCCAAGAGCCUUUGGACCUCAUCAACUAUAUUGAUGCUGCUCAGCAAGACGGAAAGCUGCCUUUUGUUCCUGGGGAGGAGGAGAUGGUUCUGGGAGUGUCCAAGUACGGCGUCAAAGUGGCCUCACUGGACCAGUGUGAUGUGCUGCAUCGCCACCCCCUCUACCUGAUCGUACGUAUGCUUUGCUACGAUGACGGUCUGGGCGCAGGGAAGAACCUCCUGGCUCUGAAAACCACCGACACAAAGCAAGAGGAGUGCAGCAUCUGGGUGUACCAGUGCAGCAGCUCAGAGCAGGCCCAGUCCAUCUGUAAGGUGCUGUCGGCUUCUUUUGACUGCGCUCUGACGUCAGACAAGUCCUGAGCAACAGAUGGCAUCCGCCUCCAAGAGUGAAGAAGUGAAACAACUGCAAAACCAGCAACGGCUAAUUAGAAAACCACCAUUGUGAUUGUAACCUUUUCCCCCCUUCUCUAGCUUUGCUUUCUCAACUUUAGGAGAGGUCAAACACGAUUGACGGCAAAGUCUGGUAUGUGUUCGGUGCUGUUUCCUUCCCAUCAUCCUCCAGCUGAGACAGAACUACUGUGAAUUUGUCUGAAUCAUUUCCUGGGAAUUCGUUUCCUUUACCUCACUUGCACAUUUGCCCUUUCAAAAAAAAGCAAAAAGUGAAGUUUAGAGAGGAGGGAAAAGGUUGCAUUUGAGAAAAGCUUUGAAGGACAUUGCGCAGCGUUUAGCAGUGUGAUGUUAAUUAUUGUAUUUAAUGUAAAUCACGGUACACGAUGUCGUAACCCGCCUCUGCCCAUACGGUGAUUUAUGGGAGACAAUCUGUUGAGAAGUUACACAAGUUUGACUGAUGUCUCUCUUCCACUUAUACCUUUUUCAGGUUUAAAAUCUGUGUGUGUGUGUGUUUGUUUUCUAUCAGUAUUGAUGCCACAGCGGUCACUUUCUGACUGGAAGGAACGGUACAAACAGGCUUUAAUGUGCCCCACAGCCUAUAGAGGGUCACUUUGUUUUCUUAAUUUGUGGGAUGUAUCCAUUUUUAAUGACUUAUUUGAGAUUGUUUUUUAUCUUCUUUUUGUCCGGUGAACUUCUUGGUACCAAAAGCGUGAUGUGUUUUUUUUUUAAAUGUAGUGAUUCAAUCUGCAUUAGGUUAGAUUAGCUGAUAUCAGUUCUAAUAAGCUGGUCGUCACAUUUAGAAGGUUUCUGAGGAAGAACUUGUUUGGACUUGUGGUACUAACUUGUACAAUCAUAAUCAUAACUUUUCGGUCCAGAUGAAAACAUGUGGCAAUAAGAAAAUGUACGAUUUUUGGAUCUGGUACAAUAAAUGAGUGAUUUUAAAUAAU